GGGAAACUGUGGUCCAUAUAUAAAACAAAUAAAAAUAAAUAAAUUUAAUUAAUGAAAAGGGGGAAAGACACAAUAAUAAAAGGAAGAAAGAAAGAGAAAGCUCUCAUAGCCAAUGGAGGAAAGUUGAUUAGAAAUACAUGUUAAAAAAAAAAGAUACAACCUCCCCGAAUGGAUUUUCUUGAAACCUCUCAACAAUAAAAGUCAGCUAGAAGUUUAAUUUGUGAUUGCCUACAAAUACUGGAAGUAAAUGUCUUGUGUUAUUAGGACAUUUUAACUAAUAAAUGGACUGUUAUCAUCUCCUUUCUAACCCGUAAUCGGCUUCCAUUCCUGGUCCAGUGCACUGUUUGAUCUAAACACACGGCUGUUCAGACCACAGCUCUUCAUCUAUAGUCCGGUUUCCACCAGUCAGCUCUUACGCUGCACUUCUCCACCAAGGACUGCCCUUCCUGUGAUGUGGUUACUAGGCAUCUCCCUCUGGGAAUACCAACUUCUAUGCCUUUAAAUCUUCUCAUGCUGCUACUCCUAUCAUACCUUUGACCUUGUUAUAGCCUCCUCUACUUGACACAGCUACAAUGUAUCAACCAGCUCCUGUUCCUGCUCUAAAUUUCCUUUUUAUCCAACCAACCCCUGCUUUCUUGCUCACACUCACACUCAUGUCCUUAUCCCCAACUGCCUUGUUCAAUUUCCUUCACUAAAACAACUUGACAAAAUUCUACUUAAUAUGGAUGCACUUAUUUUCUUCUCUGAUUAUACCUGGGUUGCAGCACCCUAAGACAAAACUGAUGAAGUUAUUAACACCACUGCCAUUAUGAAUUUUUCAUAUAAAAACUAUAUUGAGGGGUUUGGAGAGACUGUUCAGUAGUUAAGUAGCUGCUCAUGCUAAGAAUCUGAGUUCAUUUCCAGAACCCACAUCCAACAGAUUACAAUCUCCUCUAACUCCAGUUGCAAGGGAUACUAUACUCUCUUCUGGCCUCCUCAGGUAACUGAACUCAUGUACACACAUACACAGAUACAUACACACAUAUACACAUAUAUACAAUUAAAAAUAAAUAGUUUAAAGUGUAUUCAGAUUUAAGACCAAAAAAUCCUUCAUAAUUUUCCUAAUCACCUUUCCUUUCCAGUAUUUACAAUUACUUUUUUUGAGACAGAGUUUCUCUGUGUGGCUUUGGAGCCUUUCCUGGAACUCACUCUGUAGCCCAGGCUGGUCUGGAACUCACAGAGAUCUGCCUGCCUCUGCCUCUCAAAUGCUGGGUUUAAAGGCAUGUGCUACCACCACCUAGCGUCUACAACUACUUAAAGCUUGAUUAUCUUGCUUUAAUUCUCUCACUCAAUUACUCAGCAGACAAACUUGCCUCAUGAACCUUAAUAAUAAAAUAGAACCCAUCAGAUGUUAAUUAUUUUAGUUUCCUGUACCAAGUCUAUACCUUGGCAGCAUAAGUCAUACUUUUCUCAUUCUGGGAUGCCUCAUACCAAGUCCAAUCCCUUUCUGUGUUCUGGAUCCAGUAUUUAACUGAUCUCUGGGGCCUCUGCAUUGAUUACCCUUUCUGUAUUUUAAUUUUCUCUCUUUCUAGUAAACCAUUAAAUACCACCACUAAAAAUAUGUUCAAGUUUCUCCAUUCUUUUAAAAGCUGGGUCUAUAGUUCUCAUCAGCUAUUAGAACCUCUUUUUCAUUUAUAUAUUUCUUGACUUCAUUUCCUACCUUCAUUUGCUUCCACAUCCCUCAAACUUCUUAACCAAGGACAGUUUCAUUUUCCUUGCAACCAUCCUUCUGAAAAUGGCAUUUUAAGGUCAUAAAAGAUGUCUGUAUACAUUAAAUAAUAUAUAUUAAAUAUAAUGUAAAUUAAAUAAUGCUGUAUUACCAAAUCAAAGAAAUGCAACUACACAAUGCUUUGCAAAAGGUCUAUCUCUUUCGUGUGACAGUGUCAAUGCAAAUGGCUAUGCAAAUAGAGCAGCUUUGCCCCAGUGGUCCUUGUAGAAUCAGAUUUCACUCCAAAUGACUGCUCCCACAUUCCCUAUGGCAAACUAGUAGUCUGUAUGGCUGUAACUUCUCACUAUCAUACCUAUAUUUCAGAUGGCUGAGGGAAAAGUUGACCAUUUAGAGUGCUUCUUUCCCAGACAAGAAAGUAAUAAACAAAAACUCUGCUCUCAAUCCAUCUGUGAAAUUGUCAAGGCCAAACCAAACUACAAAGGAGGCUCAGACAGGCAUGUCAGCUCAGCUGCCAUGUGUCUUGGUUACUUUUCUAUUGUUGUGAUAAAACAUACGACCAAGGCAAUUUUUUUAAAGGUGCUUAACUUGGGGCUUAUGUUUUCAGAGUGUUAGAGUCCAUGAUGGCAAAGCAAAUGUCUAGUGGCAGGAACAGCUGAGAGCUCACGUCUUGAUCUGAAAAUUGGAUGCAGGCAAAGAGAAAACUGUAGGAAUGGCAUGAGUCUUUUGAAACAUCAAAGCCUGCCCCAAGUGACACUUCUUCUGCAACAAUCCAUGCCCCUUAAUCCUUCCCAAAUAGUUCCACCAACUAGGGACCAAAUAUUCAAACAUAAGAUUCCAUGGCAGACAUUCUCGAUCAAACCACGACACCAUGUGUUUGGACACACAUAGAAGAGUGGUACAUAUUCUAGCAGACAUUUUUCAGGGUCAUCCACAAAUACUGUCUUAAAUACAAUAGACAAGUGUAAUACUUGCUUUUGUCUUGACUUUAGAGUAUUUUCUGCUCUUUCUCUUUCUCAUUUCCUUGAAUUUCUGUUUGCCUUUCAAAGAAUGAUUUUGAACUCCAAGUCUUCUUUGUUUAAAGAAAGAUACUUAUUUUCCUUUUUUCUGUAAGUGGACAUUGGUUCUAGGGUCCUGUGUAUGACAAAAUUCACAAAUGAUAAUUGUUUUCCAAUAAGAGUAGCACUUGUCCAUGACCUAAACAACCCCAUUCAUAUACUUUAAAUUAUCCCUGGAUUACUUACAUUACCCAAUACCUGGUAACAAGGGAAAAUCUUACAUACAAAUGAAAUUUUGAGGGUAUGUUGUAAUUUAUUUAAUUUUAUUUUUAUACUUUUUUUUUGGUUUUUCGAGACAGGGUUUCUCUGUGUAGCUUUGUGCCUUUCCUGGGACCUACUUGGUAGCCCAGGCUGGCCUCGAGCUCACAGAGAUUCGCCUGGCUCUGCCUCCCGAGUGCUGGGAUUAAAGGCGUGCGCCACCACCACCCGGCAUUUAUUUUUAUACUUUUAUUGCUUUGGAGUUAGGGAUUGAAUCAGGACCCUAAUGAGCACACCAUACACUCACACCACUACUGAGCUACCUCUCUAUAUUUUAAUUAUUUUCUCUUAACAUUUAGCUAGUUCUUUCUGGUUUCUUUAAAAUGCCAACUCAUUAGUUACUAUGAUAAUGACACCAGGAGGUAAAGCUAGCAGCAUCAGCAUCCUGCUUUUAAUAGGAAGGAAAACAAAGGUACAUAAUUUGCCCAGGUCUAUAGGUAGUGAAUGACAGUACCAGGAUUCUAAUGUUGACAUCUUGGUUCCAAAACCUAUGUUCCUAAAUUUUAUCUAUCUCUUAGGUCAGAGUUACUUGUAUUUUCUGUAUAUUUCCAUUAUUUUUUGCCUAUGCAUUGUUGUAUCUUAAUUACUACCUUAUUAAUUUUUCUAGCCUGCAAGUUCCAUAAAAAGAUCAUCUUAUUUGCAUCAUAUCUUCACAUAUGUGUAUGUAUAUGUGUGUGUAUGCAUAUGUGUAUGUAUGGGUUUUCAGAUAAUGUCUCCCUAGAUAGCUUUCACUUGCAUGGAGCUCACCAUAUAGACUAGGCUGACCUCAAACUCUUACAGAUCCCCCUGCCUCUGCCUCUCAAAUGCUGGCAUUAAAGGCAUGCAGCUCCACACCCUACUAUUUUAUUAAAUGUAAAAAUCAAGGAGUCUAAUACUCCCAUGGCUUAAACUAACUUAACUACUAACAAAAAGUAGUAUGUUCUGUAAUUUUUCCAGAUUCGUGUGUGUGUGUGUGUGUGUGUGUGUGUGUGUGUGUGUGUGUGUAAAUGUAAUAGUGUUACCAAUUAUAUUAUGGGCUCACACCAACAAAUAUCUACCAGAGAGGAGGUAAAUAAUUAUAACUACUAAAGAAUUGUCUUGAAAUAAAUAUUACUUAUUUAUUUUGGAGCACUUUAGUGGAUCUUUUGAGUUGGACAUUCAGAGCACCAAUGAUUUCAUGGGGGAUAUGGACUUUGUUCAUUUCUAAUCCAAACAAGCCAACAACAAGAGACAUUUUGUAGAAAACUGGAAGAGUCCAAACAGAUUGAAUUACAAGAUAUAACCAAAAAUUAUUUCUAAAAAAGUUGAUUAUGAUAAUGAUAUUGUAAUUAUGCUUUAAUUAAAAAAUUAAUGAGCAUUUAAAGAUAAAUAGAGUCUAUGUGAAAUUUGCUUUUGAAUAAUCUAGAUAGACGUAUUCACAAAUUUUUAGGAGAAAAAUAUUAAAUGAAAAAAUUCACAGAGACACAUGGUGGCGCUAUAGGAUAAGAUGAAACAGUGCAUAGCCAGCUUUGUGGGCUCCGCUAACCAGAGAACAGCCAAUACACUGAGAAGGGAGGUAUCAUAGGGGCUUUACCGACAGAGCUGCCAAGGAAUUUUCAAUAGAAAGAAUCGGACCUUCAUCUCUCAAAAUUGGGACCAAAUUUAAAUUUUGCCACAAAGGAGGUCAUCUGAAGGAACUAUGGGAACCAGAAGGACACUCAUUCUGCAGAAAAGGCAAGUUUUGGUUUUCUUUGUUUUGCUGGGAUUGUCUCAGGCGAGUACUGAAUCUUUGCACUAUUCUGUAGCGGAGGAAACGGAAAUUGGCUCUUUUGUGGCUAAUCUGGCAAGGGAUCUGGGGCUGGGGGUUGCAGAGCUGUCCUCCAGGGAGGCCCGGGUAGUGUCAGAUGAUAAUAAAAAGCAUUUACACCUUAAUUUGAUGACGGGAGAUCUGCUCCUGAGUGAGAGACUGGACCGGGAAGAGCUGUGUGGCUCCACCCAGCCCUGUGUGCUGCCUUUUCAGGUGGUUCUGGAAAACCCUUUACAGUUUUAUCGAGCUGAGCUGCAUGUCAGAGAUAUAAAUGAUCACUCCCCUAUGUUCCUGGACAAGGAAAUAACUAUUAAAAUACCAGAAAGCGCAACUAUUGGAGCCACAUUCUUAAUUGAGAAUGCACAAGAUCUGGACAUAGGAAACAACGGUCUCCAGGACUACAGCAUUAGCCCCAAUUCUCACUUCUAUGUCAAAAUUCAUGACAGUGGCAAUGGAAAGAUAUAUCCGGAGCUGGUUCUAGACAGAGCUCUAGAUCGUGAGGAAGAAUCUGAGCUUAGAUUGACACUUGCGGCACUGGAUGGUGGGUCUCCUCCCAGGUCUGGGACAACAUCCAUUCUCAUAAAGGUCUUGGACAUCAAUGAUAAUGCUCCUGAGUUUGCUCAGAGUUUCUAUGAGGUGCAGGUCCCAGAGGAUAUGCCCAUUGGUUCCAGUAUUAUUGCUAUCUCUGCUAAGGAUUUAGAUACAGGAAAUUAUGGGAAAAUAUCAUAUUCAUUUUUGCAUGCAUCAGAAGGUAUUAGAAAAACGUUUGACAUCAACCCAACAUCUGGGGAAGUCAACUUGAGAUCACUACUGGAUUUUGAAGUAAUACAAUCCUAUUCUGUAACUAUCCAAGCAACAGAUGGCGGUGGUCUUUCAGCAAAAUGUACUCUUCUAGUUAAAGUAUUGGAUAUAAAUGACAAUGCACCAGAAGUGACCAUAUCAUCAAUUACAAAGACAAUUCCAGAGAAUGCUUCAGAGACCCUGGUCGCUCUUUUCAGUGUCCGAGAUCAAGACGCUGGCGACAACGGAAAGAUCCUUUGCUCUAUUCAGGACGACCUUCCGUUUAUCCUAAAACCCACCUUCAAGAACUUUUUCACUCUACUUUCUGAAAAAGCACUGGACAGAGAGAGCAGAGCUGAGUACAACAUCACCAUCACAGUCACUGACAUGGGCACACCCAGGCUCACAGCACAGCACAUCAUAACAGUGCAGGUCUCAGAUGUCAACGACAACGCCCCCGCCUUCACACAAACCUCCUACACCCUGUUUGUCCAAGAGAACAACAGCCCCGCCCUGCACAUAGGCACCAUCAGCGCCACAGACUCAGACUCAGGCUCCAAUGCCCACAUCACCUACUCUCUGCUGCCCACCCACGACCCGCAGCUGGCCCUGGCCUCGCUCUUCUCUGUCAACGCCGACAAUGGGCAGCUGUUCGCGCUCAGGGCGCUGGACUACGAGGCCCAGCAGGCCUUCGAGUUCCACGUGGACGCCACAGACCAAGGCUCUCCUGCGCUCAGCAGCCAGGCGCUGGUGCGAGUGCUGGUGCUGGACGCCAACGACAAUGCGCCCUUCGUGCUCUACCCGCUGCAGAACGCCUCUGCACCCUGCACAGAGCUGCUGCCCAGGGCGGCAGAGCCAGGAUACCUGGUCACCAAGGUGGUGGCAGUGGACCGCGACUCUGGACAGAAUGCCUGGCUGUCCUUCCAGCUGCUCAAGGCCACAGAGCCCGGGCUGUUCAGCGUGUGGGCUCACAAUGGCGAGGUGCGCACCUCCAGGCUGCUGAGUGAGCGAGAUGCUCCCAAGCACAGGCUGCUGCUGCUGGUCAAGGACAAUGGAGAUCCUCCAAGGUCUGCCAGUGUCACUCUGCAUGUGCUGCUGGUGGAUGGCUUCUCUCAGCCCUACCUGCCUCUGCCAGAGGUGGCGCGCGACCCCGCCCAGGAUGAGGACGCGCUCACACUGUACCUGGUCAUUGCCUUGGCUUCUGUGUCUUCCAUCUUCCUCUUGUCUGUGCUGCUGUUUGUGGGGGUGAGGCUGUGCAGGAGGGUCAGGGCGGCCUCUCUGGGUGGCUGCUCUGUGCCUGAGGGACAUUUUCCUGGUCACCUGGUGGAUAUCAGUGGGGCGGGGACCCUGUCCCAGAGCUACCAGUAUGAGGUGUGUCUGACAGGAGGUACUGGGACAAAUGAGUUCAAAUUCCUGAAGCCGGUCAUGCCCAGUCUUCAAGUCCACGACGCUGGUUCUAAUAUGCAGGAAAAGGAGAACUUUCGCAAUAGUCUUGGAUUUAAUAUUCAAUAAAAAUCUCCUAUAAACUCUUAAUAUUUUCCUUUUACUGACAAAUUGCAGAUGCUUUUUUUUCUUGAUAUGCAAUGGAUUUUAGGUUUUACUGGUGUUGCAUGCAUUUUCAUUUUACAUGUUUUUCUCACAGUUGCUAUGGGGCUCUAGUGAUGUAAAGAAACAAUCUGCACCGCUUGUUUCGCUUAUUUUGAAGUUUUAUGUUAACGGUUCUGCUGUUUGUUAUGCAAGACACAGAAAUGGAAAUACUAACUAAAGUAUUUAGAGUAAAUGUGUUGAGCUGGUGAUUACUGUACCUGGUGGAGUCCACAAGCAGGCAGCUCUGGGUGGAUGAUCUCCAACAAAAGAAAGGGAGGGAAGAAGGGGAGAAGGGAACUAAAAGGGGCAAAUGUCACCAUAUAUGGGAGUUGUUCCAACACACUAUUAAAACCGAGCAUGCAGAGAUUUUAAAUGUCGCUGCAUCUGGGUAGAAAUUAUAUUGCAGCCGGGCAGUGGUGGCGCACGCCUUUAAUCCCAGCACUCGGGAGGCAGAGCCAGGAGGAUCUCUGUGAGUUCGAGGCCAGCCUGGGCUACCAAGUGAGUUCCAGGAAAAGGCGCAAAGCUACACAGAGAAACCCUGUCUCGAAAAACCAAAAAAAAAAAAAAAAGAAAAGAAAUUAUAUUGCAUCAUUUGUAGUAGUCUCUGUUAGAUUAUUUCAACAUGAAAGAUUUUUAAAAUGCUGCCCCUCCAUGUCCAGUCCCAGAGGCCUUUGUGUCCUUAUGUUUUCAAGAACUGAUUUCUGUUCAUGUGACCUGCAUUAAAUACUGAUUGCUUAAGUAAUUUUUCCUUAUCUAUUUUCUAAUGAUGAUUUCUAAUUCUCAAAAUAUUCUAGGUCUUGAUACUGCUGUUUUCUUGUUUUUAAAUAGACAGUGUUUGCUUGGUUAAAAUUUGUGGUACUCUAUAUCUGCUUAAAGCAGGUAAUAAGAUCAUAAUCUUGUUCUAAUUAAAAUAGUCUUUUACCAGAAAAGAACAGGAUAAAAACUUCCUAGGAAUUAAAAUAAAUAUCUUUAAAUGACUUAU